UAUCUGUUUCGGGGUAGGUUGGUACGGACGCCAAAGCUUGAGAGAAAAGGACUGCAAUUUAAUCGCCCAGUCGAAGAAUCCGCAACUAUUACCGUGUCUCGUCGUUUCACUUUCUUCCCCUUUUCAUCACUAAUAUGAUGUUAUCAUGAGGAAUGCACAGAAGGUUUACCAGGGAUUUUUCACAGCCAAGAACUGAAUAUUAUUUCAGCACUUCCCUCCCGGACAAGCACAGUUUUUCGCGUGCAGUUUUUUGGUGAUGCGGUUUGGAUCCUAGGCUAAAAGAAGCCAGAUCCACGUUUGCCCGCCUGCAUGUUGUCAGAAAGGUUAUUGGGUGUUUAAUGUAAUGUAGCCAGGUAUCUGAAUAUUGCUCUCUGUGUUCUACUACCUUCUUAUAAUUGGAUUGCACAUCAUAAAUCAAAGAUUUCUUCAUCCUCCGACCUCGGAUACUGUGGACUGGGAGGAAACAUGGGACUGCCUGCUCUGGAGUUUAGUGACUGCUAUCUGGACAGUCCCCAGUUCCGAGACAGAUUGAAGUCUCACGAACUGGAACUGGACAAGACCAAUAAAUUCAUCAAAGAGCUGAUCAAAGAUGGGAAGGCGCUCAUCCAAGCACUGAAAAAUCUGUCCACAGCCAAGAGGAAGUUUGCGGAGUCUCUCAAUGAGUUUAAGUUCCAGUGCAUAGGAGACGCAGAGACGGACGACGAGAUAUGUAUCGCAAAGUCUCUACAGGAGUUUGCUGGAGUUUUGCAGAACCUGGAGGAUGAGAGAACACGGAUGAUUGAGAAUGCCGAUGAUGUGCUGAUCAUGCCACUGGAGCGGUUCAGGAAGGAGCAGAUCAGCGCUGCCAAGGAAGCCAAGAAGAAAUACGACAAAGAGACAGAGAAGUACUGUGCUGUACUGGAGAAGCACCUAAGCCUAUCAGCAAAGAAGAAAGAAGCACAUCUUCAUGAAGCCGACAGCCAGGUGGACCACGUGCGGCAGCAUUUCUACGAGGUGUCUCUGGAGUAUGUCUUCAAGGUGCAGGAGGUCCAGGAGAGGAAGAUGUUUGACUUCGUAGAGCCGUUGCUGGCAUUUCUUCAAGGGCUGUUUACUUACUAUCACCAUGGGUACGAGUUGGCCAAAGACUUCAACCACUUCAAGACAGACCUCACUAUCAGCAUUCAGAAUACGCGGAACCGUUUUGAAAGCACGCGGUCUGAGGUGGAGUGUCUGAUGAGGAAGAUGAAGGAGAACCCCCAUGAGCACAAGAGUAUCAGCCAUGACACCAUGGAGGGAUACCUGUUUGUACAGGAGAAACGCUCUUUCGUGUCAACCUGGGUCAAGCACUACUGCACCUACCAUCGAGAGCCCAAACGAGUCACCAUGGUCCUGUUCGACCAGAAGUCGGGUGGCAAAGUGGGGGAGGAGGAGAGCUUCACUCUGAAGUCCUGCACAAGACGGAAGACGGAUUCUAUAGAGAAGAGGUUCUGUUUCGACGUGGAGGCUGUCGACAGGCCAGGGGUGAUCACCAUGCAAGCUCUAUCGGAGGAAGACCGCAGGCUGUGGAUGGAAGCUAUGGAUGGGAGAGAACCGGUCUAUAACUUAAACAGAGACAGCCAGAGUGAAGGCCUGGCUCAGCUGGAUGUGGUUGGCUUCAACGUUGUCAAGAAGUUCAUCUACGCUGUGGAGACCAGAGGCAUUGACGAGCAGGGCCUGUACAGGAUUGUUGGAGUAAACUCCAGGGUGCAGAAACUCCUGGGUCUUGCCAUGGAUCCUAAAACCUGUGCUGACGUGGAGCUGGACAGUACAGAAUGGGAGAUCAAGACCAUCACCAGCGCAAUCAAGUACUACCUUAGAAUGCUGCCCGCGCCCCUUAUGACUUAUCAGUAUCAAAGGAGCUUCAUCAAGGCAGCCAAACUGGACAAUCAGGAGGCGAGGAUCACAGAGAUCCACAGCAUCAUCCACCGGCUCCCAGAGAAAAACCGCCAGAUGCUGGACCUGCUUACCAAACACUUGGCAAAUGUGGCCAGUCACCACCAGCAGAACCUGAUGACUGUGGCCAACCUGGGCGUGGUGUUCGGCCCCACUCUGCUGAGGCCCCAGGAGGAGACUGUGGCUGCCAUCAUGGACAUCAAGUUCCAGAACAUUGUGGUAGAGAUCCUCAUCGAGAACCAUGAGAGGAUAUUCAAGGAUAUGCCAGUUCCGGGAGGUGGCCAGGCCAACCUACAGCUCAACCUGCAGCCUCGGAGGAAAAGCGCAGAGAGCAAAGCCCCGUCCUGCAGCGAGAGACCCCUCACCCUCUUCCACACACCCACACACACCCAGAAAGUGGAGAAGAGGAACAGCGUGGUAGUGAACUCUACUCCAGAGCCCCAGCAGCUUCAUCCGGCCCAGGCCAACGCCCCCCACAACAACCCGUCAGCCACCCGCUCUUCCUCCACAGCAGCCGUCAACCAUAACAGCAGCGGCAGCCACGGCCACAGCUGGACCCAACGCAACAGCCUGACGAGCACUGACGGAGAUCAGGACGGGGGCCUGAUGGCCAGGCAGAACUCACAGAGCCGCCCUAACUCACUGCUGAACCCAAAGAGCCACACCAGCAUCCCAAUGAGCCCAGCCUCACCGCGCUCCCCCUCCUGGCCGAUGUUCUCUGCAUCCUCCAGCCCCCAGCCGGCCUCCUCCACCUCCAGUGACUCCUCCCCCAUCAGUGUCCCAGGCAGGAAGGCUAGGGCCCUCUACGCCUGCAAGGCGGAGCACAUCUCUGAGCUCUCGUUCAUCGCAGGGACCAUCUUUGAAAAUGUUCAUCCCUCGAGGGAGCCUGGCUGGCUGGAAGGCAUCCUAGACGGCAGGAAGGGCCUAAUUCCAGAGAACUACGUGGAGUUUCUGUAGCCCUGGACCAGGACUGUACUGGACUGGGGAGACCACGCAGUUGCACUGUGCCCCUACAACUUAUUGGAAGAGUCUGGAGCACAGAGCGCUUCCUGCUGUGCAUGGUCAUGUACCUGGAAUUCAGCAGCAGACUGCUGUGUGUGCGUGCGUGCGUGCAUGCAUGAGAUGCAUUGAGUUGUUGCGACGUAGGCUCAUUCCCAUAUUCAGACAGUCCUUGUGUCAUUAAAAUGCACUGCCACUUCUUUUAGCGUCUUCUAUUAUCAGUUGGGAGGGACUUCGGAAGACGUUUUAGUUUUGGGAUACAUAAAAGGGGAAAAGUUCACUCUGCAGCCCUACUUCUCUUCCAGUGUACAGUACGGUCUGUAGGAAUGAAGAUGAUUGUGUAGGGAGCUUUCAUCUCUAAAUGAUGGGGAGUGUUUUUCAGUGAAUACUGCAAUAAAUGUGAGCACUUGCUGCCUUGCCCGGUAUUCCCCUAGACAAGACAGAACACAACUGCUGUUUACCUACCUGCACAUUAUAGAGGUGGGAGCAUCCUGAAUGUCUUUACUCCCUGUUCGACAGAUUUUGUAAUAGCUCUUUUUUUUGCUCAGAACUACUAGGUGAAAUUGUCUCGAUAAACCUGGAAAGGAAGUUAACCGAACUGUUUUCAUUUAGGACAAUAACAUUUUUUUUGUAUUUUUUUCUUUCUUAACAUGUAUAUAAAUGGGGAGUGUUAUGUGAGACUAGACUACUUUGUUCAUAUGUAAGCCUUGUAUUUAUAAUAAUUUUCAAAGAUGAGAUCCUGAACUGUAUUCUUUUGGGGUGUAAUAACAUUUGUAAAUACAUGACAUUUGAUAAGAUCACAUUUUUUAACUAGCAAAUUUUAUAUUUUGUAUUGUAGCAUACUAAGUUAAUUUUAGCAUCUCAGUUGCUAAAUUUGUUGUCAUUUGGUUCAUGGCCAUUGGGAGCCUUAAUAUUCUUUCUGAUCAAAUAAAUCAUGAACAAGGUUGUACAGAAUUUCAUCUAUUAAAGAUAAACAAACUGGCA